GGUAUAUAAAGGAGUGGGAAAGGGACUCAUUGCAUUCACUCCUCUCCUCCUUCCUCCUUGCUUUUCACUCGCUCAUUGCAGCCCAAAGAAUCAAAAAUGGCCUUCGCCGGAGUUCUCAAUGAUGCUGAAAUGAAAGCAGCCCUGGAUGCCUGCUCAGCUGCUGACUCUUUUGACUACAAGACGUUCUUCAAGACAUGCGGCCUGGCCGGCAAGACCUGUGAAGAUGUCAAGAAGGCCUUUGGCAUCAUUGACCAGGACAACAGCGGCUUCAUUGAGGAGGAAGAGCUGAAGCUGUUCCUGCAGAACUUCUCUGCUGGCGCCAGAGCACUCACUGACAAGGAGACCAAGUCUUUCCUCGCCGCUGGUGACAGUGAUGGUGAUGGCAAGAUCGGAGUCGAUGAGUUCGCCGCCCUUGUAAAGGCAUAAGUUUCUUCUGACCAAGAUCCACUUCUUUUCCCGGAACUGCGAGCUCCUUGCAAGAUUCAUUAGUCAUCAGCUGAAAGAAUAUUUUUUAUACCUUAUUUAUGAGUUGCCUGUGGACUAUUUCUCUACAUGGAAUGCAUAUUUUACCGGUGAUGUUAUUCAGAUAUGAUAUAUGUUCUGAAAUAAUGACUUGUGCAAACUGUAGAACACCAUCUGCACUUUUGAGGAAGAGUGACAACCAUGGAAUAAAUACUCUUUUGGUUUGAA